UACUGUGUUUGCCAUGAUUGCAUUAGGCCUACUUCUACCAAUGUUUACAAAAGCGAACGGUGGAGGUAGAUUUAUAUGCACAAUAUUGUUCCUACCAAUAUACCACCUGUCCAUUUCUGUGUGGAUAGAGAUGUGUGUACAUGCAGACGAAUGCCACAAGAUAUAGGAUCAAAGAAUUUUGAUUCUAUCUUAUUCUUUAUCGUGGGGAGCCACGUUUUGAUCGGGAAUUAUCAAUGUUAUAAUUAAGACGAUCGAGCUGCAUGUUCAGCUUUACUGCUAUCACCGGGUCACUCUCUGUAUUCCAUGGAACACAAAACGGCGCCGCAGUAAAGAAUCUAGUAUUUUCAGUUGAGUGUGUAUACCCGGUCUUUCCCGCCAACUUGUGAUGUAUAGGCUAUACAGUAAACCAGGAAUAUGGACACCCACUCGUGAAACAGACAUAUUAAUCUAAAGUUGAAAUUAAAAAAAAUCAUGGGUUGUUGCUGUUCGGCAAACGACGAAGAGCCUGUUUUGGGAGAACAUUCGACUCUACCUAUCGAUGUCAUCCCGUAUAAAGGACCCAUCAUACAGUAUGCUUUUGUUGAUAUGAGAGUGAUAGGGACGACUUAUAUGGGACGCAACUUGAAAACAGACCUAGUACCUCAUUACACAGCCUUCCAGGAGCCCUAUACUCAGGGGUUCCGGCUCGUCUUGCUGAAGACCGUACCCGGUGUCUUUGAGAAGCUACGGGUCCAGUACGGCAUGGAAAGACGCUAUUACAUCCCUCUACAAGCAUCGUUUGUACGACCAGUGGGCAGCCCUGCAACCCCGAUUGGUCAGGUGAAGAUUGUUCAAACGGCCAUUGAGUUCAACGAGUCGGUGCUGCCAACAGACCAGGAAAAUGUCCAAGCUGCCAGUGAGGUGGCUCGUCUCAGGGAAUUCGACACUGUGAUUGAAGAGAACGGCCGCGAGGGUUAUCAACUCGUCUCAUUUGAACCCAGUGGUUAUACCAAGAAAACAACCAAUGUUAAAGAAACAGUUUUGCAAAUGGAUUUGCUAUUUCAUCGGUCAAAUCAAUCAACUUCCGGUUCAUUCAUAUAUCAAUCGGUCAUCAUACCUGUCUCAUACACUGCUGUCGGCUCAUCGCCGGUGUCUCGCCGUCAGAUCUACGAACUAUCCACCGAUGUGACGUCACGACUAGUUGAUAUUCUCCAGCAGGGAUGGAAGAUCGUAGAUACUAACUACCUGAGUUCGCAUCUCCAAGGACAAUUUCGGCCGACUGCCCGGACCUUGAUCUUCAACACGAUGUGGGUCUUUGAAAAGCCCUCUACAGCAGUGAAUGAUCUUCACCCUCGCUGGGAAUGUACCGUUAUCAAGUAUAAACAUGUGGUGAAGUUUGCAUGCAACCGGAUGAAGGCAACCACCACCUGGCAGCCUUUGGUCGUUGAGAUGGGUCACCAUGGCUGGGAGCUCGCCUGUAUCCUGGACACUGCCGAAGCAACAAGGGAAGGUCGUCUGGGAUCAAAGCAGACCUUACUCAUCGUGUUCCAGCGCCCUCUACGAUAGGAAUGGGAUCAGCUGAGCCUAUGGCAUUGUAUCAUCGAAAUGAAAAACUGGAUAUAGAGCAACAACGCGCUUUUUUGAGGCCACAGAUACACUAAAAUAUACUCACUUAAAACUACUCUAAAACGCGCACAAAAUUCCACUCAUUUUUCUCUUGCGUUUGCCCGGUUUUUUUUUCUUACGUGGUGGUAUGGUCCCAUAUAGUGUUAUUUGUGUCACGGAGUAGGCCUACGAAGUUCCUGGAGGGGUACGAAAAUGUGUCUGCAUAUAACCGUCCUAUAAUGAAAUUGCGUGUAUCUUUUUUUUUCUUUCAUAAAAUCAAUUUUUUACAAUUUAAGACAAACGACACAUCGAGGAGCAGCUCGUCUGUGGCGUCAACAAAGCUAAACUAUGCUUGUGCAGAAGUGUGUUUGAUUCCAUGUUAAUGAUGAUGUUAAGGUGCAUGAAAACAUUUAACAGAAACCGCUGAGAAACCCCCUCAUCAGCACUGAAAAAAGAACAGUAACUUUCAAUAUUGUGUCAUUUUGCAACUUUUGAAUUUUGACAUUGGCCCACAUUUCAAGGAACUGCACCUCCGUGUAAACCAUAAUCAUAUCAUGUAAGGUAUCAUUGUAAAGAGAAUUAGAUGAUAUAUUUAUUGAUAUUAGUUACACAUUGAUAUUUACUAAAACCGAUGAGGAAUUAUCGAUCAAAUUAAAAGAAAAACGCUGAGGAAUUCACUCAUCACCACGAAAAAAAUAACAGUGACUUUUCAAUAUCGUGUCAUUUUGCAGCUUUUGAAUUUUGACCUUGCCCCUUAUUUCAAGGCACUGCACCUCCAUGUAAACCAUACUCAUAUCCUGUAGGGUAUCAUUUUAAAGAAAAUUAAAUGUUCUAUUCAGUGCGAUUAAUUACAAAUUUAUUUGUACUAACACAAAGGAGGGAUUAUCGGUCAAAGUCAGAUUUCCAAACUUUUUUGAGGAGUUUAUGAUCACAUUAUAUUGGGCUCACUGAACCUCAAUAUUUUCAUGAGAGGUAUCUGAUGGGAUCACGUGAUAAAAUGUUAAAUAUUAAUUACAUCCAACCGCAUACAACAAAAGCACCAUACAUAUGAGCUACAGAUCACCAAACGACCAUUAUGACUUUUGAAAAAUAAUUGUUUUUUUUGCAUUUAAUACGGGUUCACUCUAUCAUGACUAUAGGCACCUCAUUUCCACAUAGGUAAUGAGGACAUCAAUGCUAUCCUGCAAAAU